AUGGAUCAAUCUCAGGCAAAGGCUCUUGCUUCGAUCCAACCUUUUAUUCACCUUGCUACGACCACCAAGACCCCAUCACCCCGCCUCAUCGCUGAACUGAUCAAGGGAGCAAUCUCCGCUCCGGGGGCCUACAUUUUCACCGAGUUACUUCAACUGCCAGUUGUCCAGGGUUUGAGGGCCACUGAAUCAGAGCCAUGGUUGACGUUGUUGGAGAUCUUCAGUUGGGGAACAUACGAGGAGUAUAAAGCCAACCCGUCUCUCCCACCUCUCGACGAAGCUCAAACCUUCAAGCUACGCCAACUCAGUCUCCUGACCCUGGCCUCACCGUUCGCUCCCACCACCAAAAACACAACAGCCAACACUUUGACAUAUAAUGGGCUUCUCUCUUCUCUCCUGCUUUCCGCUCCCCAAGAGCUAGAAUCCUUGAUAACACAAUCGAUCUACUCCGGUCUCCUCACCGCUCGUCUCAGUCCCACAUCCAGUCCGCCGACCGUACACAUUACGUCCGUCGCCCCUCUUCGCGAUUUGCGCCCUCAAUCCCUUCCCGCAUUGUUGCAGAUCCUACAGACAUGGGAAUCGCGCUGUUUCUCCGUCGUGAGCGACCUCGAAGCGCAAAUCACAGCAAUACGAGCGACAGCACAACAGAGAGCUGUACGCGAGAGGAAACGCCAGAAUGAGGUAGACUCGCUUGUCCUUAGUAAUGACAAGCAUCUCACAUCGAAUGACAAUGGUGUCCUGUCAGAUGUCAAAGGUGGAAACGCGCGCCCUGGUCGCAGCUCCGGCUCUGGUGCAGGGCAGCGUCCUCCUAGUAAGCGGGACCUCGAUCAGCAGAUGGAAGGCGAGGGCGACGACGAGGAUGACGAGUACGACGAAGGCAGGAUGGACGUGGACGAGGGUAUUGGUGAGGGCACAGGUGGCUUUAUAGGAUCUGGAUCCAGAGGCGGAGGAAGCGGGGGCUCAAGAGGUGCAAAGCGAAACCGUGGGCGAGGGUCGAAGUGA